UAUUAAUAAAUGUCAUAAAAUGUGGAAAACUAUAACAUUAUUUUUGUGUAUAUUUUACACAAAUUGUGUGCAAGCGACCUAUAAUACGGGAAUAAAAACCAGAGUCUAUGAACAGCAACCGAUAACUCAUGUCUAUCAUCAGCAUCAAUAUACACCAACACAUGGUCAUUAUCACCAAUACGAAGGCAGUAAUGACAGAGAUUAUCAGUCCUCUAUAAAUCAUCAUUAUGCUCACAAUGAUAAUUCCUAUCAGCAGCAACGUGAAGGUGAUUAUUAUCAGCAAACACCAACAGCAACAUCACAAACAUCACAGCAGUCCCAACAUCAUCGAUCGCAGCAACAUUAUCAACAACAACAUCACCAACAACAUUCCCAAACACAACCGAUUUACGAGCGCAGAGGGAAUUCCCCGGUACAAACGAGCGGAAAUUGGCAGAAUUCUGAAAAUUCGGUUACAGAAUAUUAUACGGGAUGCCCUUCCGGUCACACAGGUCAAUUACCAUACGCCUACGAUUGUCGACGCUUUUUAAAUUGUUGGAAUGGAAGAGGUCACAUUCAGACAUGUUCGGUUGGUACGGUUUUCAAUCCAGAAACAUUGGAAUGUGAUCGUCCCGAUAAGGUUAAAUGUGAAGCGGCUUUAGGUGUGUUGGGUGUGCAAUCUGCAGGAAAAUCUCCAGCUCCUAGUCAUGGUAGUUUAAAGCAACCCACAUAUAGAGCUGGUCGUUAUACUGAUAGUACUAAUGAUAAUGUCGAGGUUUUGUGUCCUGCCGGCGCAGAGGGUUUACAGCCACAUCCCUCAGAUUGUACCCGCUUUCUAAACUGUGCCAAUGGCAAUAUGCAUAUACAACAAUGUGGUCCCGGUACUGCCUAUAGUAUAGCCAUGAAAGUGUGUGAUUUUAAGCACAAAGUUGAUUGUUCGGGCAGAGAGGGAGGUGAUGUGACCCCUACUUAUAGACAAGUACAAAAUUCAGCUAAUAUAAAUGAAAUUACUUGUCCCUCGGAUGCAUCUGGUUUGUAUCCCCAUCCCCAUGAUUGUACUAAAUUUUUACAGUGUUCUAAUGGUGCUACGUACAUACAAGAUUGUGGUCCCGGUACUGCUUUCGAUAGUGCACGUUUAAUUUGUGAUUAUAAACACAAAGUUAAAUGUUGUUCGGGCUGUACUUGGUCUGAGACAGAAACUGAAACAUCAGUUGUUGUAUCGGAAAAUCAUCAUACCCAAGCCACCCCAUCGCAACCAUCACUCCCUGCAAAUAAUCAGCAACAUGAAGAUUUGCCACAUACUGCCGAUAUCUUGUGUCCAAAUGGUAUAACUGGCCUAUUUGCAUAUCCCUUUGAUUAUACGAAAUUUAUUAAUUGCAAAAAUGGCAAUACGGCCAUACAGAAUUGUGUACCGGGUACCGCUUUUAGUAUAUCGAAAGGUUAUUGUGAAUCCUUGGAGGAUAUACAACAAAGUGAUCAUGUUAUAUAUAUUGUGUCACAAGUUAGUUAUGAAUAUUCUCAAACUCUUAUCACCUGUCCCCCUGGUACUGAGGGUCUACACUUGUAUCCCUUUAAUGCUGAGCUAUAUGUUAAAUGUGUAAAGAGUCAAAUGAAGAUUGUACCCUGCAGUAAUUCCCUGGUAUUUAGUAUUACCAGACGCACUUGCCUGCCUUUCGCACAGGUCUUAAAGAAUGAACGUGUUCGUUUAUUGAGCGAACUGCAAACGACCAACAAUUAUCGUGUUACAGAAGAACAAUAUAGAAUGAAUAAUAUGGUUUACUGUCCGGGUGGUUUAACGGGUUCCUAUCCUCACCCUUUUGAUUCUACAAAAUAUUUGAAAUGUGUUAGAGGUCGCUUAUAUAGUGAAUCAUGUGCCUCUGGUGAGGCUUUCAGUUUAUCGCGUAAGGUUUGUACUUUAAAAGAAGAACUUAAUGCUGAUGAUCAUGUGCCCUUGGCUAAGACGCCUCAAGGUCAUGAAUGGAGAAUAACUGAUAUGGAAGUAACUUAUGGUUCUAUUGAUGGUUUGACUUAUUUAAUGUGUCCUCCCGGUUUAGAGGGUUAUUUUUUGAAUCCCUUUGAUUGUACCAAAUACAUUCAAUGUUCUCAAGGUGUUACCGUAGUUGAUGAGUGUUUAAACGGUUCCGUUUUUAGUAUAUCCCGUAAAGAGUGUAUACCUAGAGAUAAGGUGGAGGCCUACGACCGUGUAGAGUAUUUGACAACAACCAAAAAUGAGUUUACAAAUGAAUCAGUAGAUCAAUAUCAUCAUGAUCUUGGUAUUAGCUGCAAUCCAGGAACUUUUGGUAUAUAUCCUCACCCUCAUGAUUGCCAUAAAUACAUACGCUGUGCCAAUGGUCGUCUAUCUAUGGAAAAUUGUCCAGCCGGUCAAGUAUUUAGUUUGACUAGAAGUUUUUGUCAGAAUGAACAUGAGGUUGAUAACAAAGAUCGUAGUUCUUAUAAUAGAGGUCAUUAUACUGGAGCAACUACUACAACUACAAAUACUGUUUAUCAGCCAGGAUCUUAUACACCAAUUAAUGUACCUCACAACUCUUUAAGCCCACCACCACCUCCAACCGCUAAUAUGGUACCACCCUCAGCUGUUUUAAGUCCUCCACUACCUUCACCCUUAGCUCCUGUAGCUAAUGAUGUUAACUGUCCUCCCGGUGCUACCGGUCGCUAUCCACAUCCCUAUGAUUGCACGAAAUUUUUAAUGUGCGCCAAUGGUGAAACACAUAUACAAGAUUGUGGUCCCGGUACCGCUUGGAAUAAGGCCAUGGAAGUGUGCGACUUUAAGGAUAAAGUUGAUUGCUCUCAAAGUGGAGGUACUAGUGGUCAUAGUAGCAGUACGAUUACGACUUCUAUAUAUAAUUCAGAAUCUCAAUUCCCUUGCCCUGCUGGUGUGGAGGGUCUCUAUCAGCAUCCUUAUGACUGGCAUAAAUAUUUGGUUUGCAGUCACGGUCAAAGCACUAUAAUGGACUGUGCUCCUGGUACAGUUUUUAGUUUAUCGCGUAAAAUCUGUGAUACUGAGGCCAAUGUUUUAAAUACAGAUCGUUGCAAUAAUGGAGUUUAUAGCAGUGAUUAUGAUUAUACUUAUACUCAAACACAUAAUCGUGGUUCCUCUACUGUCAAUAGCCAAUGGACUAAUGUGGCCACAUCACAAUCCCAGCCUACUACUGUUGUCAAUACCCAAAUUAGUGGAAAUCGUUGGACUAACAUGAAUGUACCACGUCCUCAGGGUUCUACUGCUUGGCAACAUACUACAAAUACACAUCACCAAAUACCUCCCCCUAAAGCCGAUGUAACACCCGUCUGGUCGGGCACUGCAGUACAUGUGGAUCAACAUAAUCCCACUCAUACGGUCAUCUAUGAGGAGGGAACUUUCGAACCGAAUCGUAAUUAUAAUCGUCAAAUGUUUAACACACCAUUAUCACCAUUAAAACCAACAACAACAACAACAACUACAACAGCAUCGACCCUAGUUUAUGCUCAACCAGUUGAUUCACAAGAAGAUUCUCAAGAAAUUUUUUCAAAAACUCCUACACAACCUUUGAACCCUUAUAAUCCGUCAUUUACUCCCACUUCAAAUCGUCAAAAUCAUACUAGAUAUCUAAAUUCUUGGACACCCAUACGACCGGUAGAUUUACCCCGACAUGACAUAAUGCCACCUCCCCAGAAUACUGUUUACACUAAUGCUCGUGUACCCAUUACCACAUAUAUUAUACCAUCCAAUCGAGCUCCUCAGUCUUCUCAAGCUUCUCCUAUUCCCGCCAGACCUCAAACUUUUACACCAACAACACAUUUUGGUAGCGAGGAUUCGGGUCAAAAACCAUUAUCAGAAGCUGGUUUUAAAACCAUAAAUAUUGAUCAAUUACCUGGUCAAAUAUCUUAUAACCUAAAUGAUUUCGAUCAAUUGCCUUCAGCAUCUUCAAAGCAUAAUACUAAUGAUGCUUCCAACUUAUAUGGUGGUCUGCAACCCCCCGCAGCCGCCACUGUAACUACUACUACUACUACUGCUAGUAGUUUUUUAGACCCCUAUCCACAAACUACCCAAGUACCUUUACCUCCAAGAAUGCCUACAAAACGUAUUACCAGUUAUCCCCAACUUUCGAAUGCCACCAUACAAACAUUUCCCCAUCAACCGCACUAUAGUCCACCCUAUUCGGAAGUAACGCAUUCGCGUAAUGCUUCCUGGGUGGGUCGUAAAAUUCCCCAACAUUCGGCCAUUAAACCUAUCUACAGAGAUCCUUUGAAUUCAGAAAAUACUAAUGUAAAAAUAACUAGUACUCCUCCACCCCAAUACUAUGGCCUAAGUCCUCCUCCUUAUGCCAAUAGUGAACAUAGCGAUAAUGUUGAUAAACCUGAAAAUCAAGAACAGGCCAUGAAAGAGGCUUUAAAACUUUUAUUAAAACCUUAUCUUGAGGCUGAAAGUAAAGUAGAAGAUACUGUAGCCGAAAUGGCUCAAUCUCAUAUAAUGAGUUUAGUUUCCACCACCACCACCAGUACGACGACCAGUACGACUCAUAAACCUCCCACACUACCAUCCAAUCAAAAUACUCUUGUUCCUAGCACAACGCCACAUCAAGAAGAUGAUGUUGAACUUAUAAUUGCAGGUGAACAGCAUAGUCUAGUAGGUGUUACGACUAAAACCACUGGUGGCCAUGAAACUUCAACAUCUUAUAAUAUACAUCAGUCCCGUCCCUUACAAUCAGAACGUUCAAGUUUAAAACCACACAUACACAAUCAUGACCAUAACUCUAAUUGGCAUAAACAUCAUUCCCAUGAUACGCAUCACUUUAAAUUACAACACAAUCGUGAAUUCCAUGAGAAACAUCCUAAUCUUCCAAAUCCUUUUGAUGAUACUACUAAACCUACUAGUUCCUAUAAUCCCCGUGCUGAGUCAACCACACCGAGAACCUAUGAUUUUGAUUUAAGAGCUGGCAGCAGUAGGUGUCCAUUCGAUUGUGGUAAUGGCAAGUGUGUGGAAGAGCAUCAGGUCUGUGAUGGUGUCAACAAUUGUGGAAAUCGUAAGGAUGAACAGCAAUGUGAACAUUUAGGUUAUGCCGUACGUUUGACGGGUGGUCAGAGUCCAAAUAUGGGACGUGUAGAGGUCAAAAUUCUUGGCAAAUGGGGUUACGUGUGUGAUGACAAAUUCGGUUUACCCGAUGCUGAUGUCGUAUGCCAUGAAUUGGGCUUUAAAAUGGGUGCUAUGGAAGUACGUGGCAAUUCGUAUUAUUCUCCAUCUGAUGUUAAUGUCUACUUUGCUAUGGAUGAGGUGCAAUGUAAAGGAAAUGAAACUUCUCUCAGAGAAUGUGACUUUAAGGGAUGGGGUGUUAAUAAUUGUGGACCCGAUGAAGUAGUGGGUGUAGUUUGUAAAGUACCCAAACUAAAGUGUCCCGAUAAUUAUUGGUUGUGUAGCACUUCGAAGGAGUGUAUUCCAACAGCUUUUCUGUGUGAUGUAACGCCCGACUGUGAGGAUGGUUCCGAUGAGAGUGAACAAGUUUGCAAUGCUCCUAUUAAAUAUCGUUUAGAAGGUGGACGUAGCUCGAAUGAGGGACGUUUAGAGGUGUUUUACCGUGGAGAAUGGGGUACGGUUUGUGAUGAUGAUUUUGGCUUAAAAGAGGCUCAAGUUGUUUGUAAUUCUUUUGGUCUCUAUGGCAAAGCGGAAAUCGCUAAGAAUAUUUAUGGCCCGGGCAGUGGUCCCAUUUGGUUGGAUCAAGUAUCUUGUUUGGGUAAUGAAACCAAAAUUGACGAAUGUAAUCACUGGUCUUGGGGUGAAAACAAUUGUAAUCAUACUGAAGAUGUGGGACUCAAGUGUACUGCAGGCCCCAAACCUAAUCCUGCAAAAUCCAAUAAAGAACUCACCGUAAACUCUUAUGGAAAAGACUUAGAAUAUGGUAUGGAAUUGGAACAAACCGAACUUGAUGAUUUGGGUUUGUAUCAAGGUCUUUGGCAACGUUCCAGCAAGGCGGUCCAGAGUCAAAAGAAAUGUGGUCACUUUAAAACGAAUUUGGUCGAUGAGUAUGAACAUCCAGAGGAAAGAGUGGUAAAUGGUAGUGUUGCCAAAAGAGGACGUCAUCCUUGGCAAGCUACUAUAAGAACUAGAGGUCGUGGUGGUAUAUCAAGUCAUUGGUGCGGUGCUGUUAUUAUAUCCAAAAGAUUAAUACUUACUGCCGCCCAUUGUUUAGCGGGUUAUCCUAAGGGUUCGUAUUUCGUGCGCAUGGGUGAUCAUUAUGCCAAUAUAGCUGAAUCCUCCGAAAUCGAUUCAAAUAUAGAAAAUUGGUAUAUUCAUGAAAAAUUCCGUGAUCAAAAGCAUAUGAACAAUGAUAUAGCUUUGAUAUUGUUAAAGACUCCGGUACGUUUCAAUGAUUAUGUGCAGCCGAUUUGCUUGCCCGAAAAGGGCGCCACAUUGGAACCAAAUCGUUUGUGUACAAUUUCAGGCUGGGGAUCCAUAAAAUCAGGCACUUCAACUCCCUCAAAUAUUUUACGUUCCGCUCAUGUACCCAUCUUGGCCGAUGAGGUUUGCAGCCAGAAAAAUGUCUAUGCCAAUGCCAUGACCGAAGGCAUGUUUUGUGCUGGUUUCUUAGAUGAAAGUGCCGAUGCCUGUGAUGGUGAUUCGGGUGGACCCUUAGUUUGUUCCGAUGAGGAUGGUGAAACAUUGUAUGGUAUAAUUUCAUGGGGACAACAUUGUGGUUAUGUCAAUCAUCCUGGCGUAUAUGUGCGUGUAGAGAAAUAUAUCGAUUGGAUCUAUGAUAAAAUUAAUCUAAUGAUGCAACAAGGCAAGCUUUAAAGUAAUUAUAUUCUGAACUCGAAUUUUGUUGAAUUUUCUUUUGUAAUUAUUAAAACUCGAAAUAUUUUUAGAUUAAGUUUAGUUUGUAGAAAUUUGUAAUAUCAAAAUUUUUAAAAACAAUAGAAAAAAAAUUGUAUUUAAAAUAAAGUUUAAAUAAUAGAUUAUCGUCUACUAAUCAAAA